AUCAGUACAUGGAUGAACAGAGUGAUUGGACAUAUUAGUACAUGUACGUAGAUAGUGAUUAGAUAUACAUUAAAUUCGUACAUGAAUGUACAGAGGAACAAGAGAUAAUAUUAUAUUAGGAAAUGGGCGAACACAGUGAUUAGACACAUAAUACUAUAUUAGUACAUGGACAAACAGGGUGAUUUGAUACAUAAUAUUAUAUUAGUACAUGGACGAACAGUGAUUAGACACAUAAUAGUAUACUAGUAGAUGUAGGUACAGAGUGAUUAGACAUAUAUUUGGCUUUGCUAGGAUUUUAGUGAAAAACAUAAAUUGCCCCAGAGAAUUCUUGAUAAAAGCAAUUAUGCAGAUGGUUGAAAAACCAUUUGUCGGCCACAAACAUUACAUUGUUGCAAUGUAUUUUUCUUAAAAACAUAUUCAGGCUGGAAGUAGUCAGUCAUAAUACGUGCUUGACGUUUGUUAUUUCGCCACCAAACACGUCCACGCUUAUACAGAGAGUCCAGAAGUAAUUUUGAACUUCUCCGAAAACAUUAAACGAGACCUUCAGCAGCCCCCUCCAGUGUCUUACGUUCUAAACACUAUUGGCGUAUGGCUAGAAUGUGUUCACUUGUUAACUGGGGAACAACACAUGGUAGCAGAGCAUGAAGAUUAACUACAUGCAGACGAGUAAACACAGAUUUGAUGGGCUGAUUUCUUGAAGCCUGGAUUCUGAUUUAUCGAACCUUUGGCAUUAACAUUUUGUGUCUGCAGAAAUCUGCAAGUUGCAGACUGAGACACAUUGAACAUACUGGCUACCUCUUUCAAUAGCCUCUGCCAACGGCCCUAAGACGUUCAUCACAUUGUAGACGACACAUUCCCAAUCUGAUCACAAAAACUGCAUAAUAGGAAGAGUAGAGAGCUCACAUGUGACUGUGGAUAAUAAAUGACGACCUACCCACAUGGUAUUUCAUGUUCCACGUGCAAUGACGUUGGGUGUGUUGAUGCGUUAGGUUUUGGUUCUGAAACCGUUCCACCUCUGACAGUUAGUUUUCAUAGCUGAUCUUUGUUCUGACGACUGACAAAUAUAUUUUAAUGACACUUUACUUGUUUUGGAGAGCACAAAUUGCCAACAGUAAUUAUCCAGAAAUUGGUAAUUCUGGAUUAGCAGGGUCCGAAUUAACGAGUUUCACCUAAUGCAGGAAGUGUUAAACUAAGUGGACGACAAGUUACACCAUGCCAUGAAUUCCAGUAUUACCCGAUUACCUAUAAAUUAAACUGCCAGGCAAAAUAAAGCAUACACUUGAUAAUGGGAUUAUACUUGGGUAUAUACUCUCUUUUGCAGUCUGUUUUACUUGUUUACCGAAAUCACGUUGAACGAAGUGCUGAUUAGUUUAGAUAAAUUAAAACGUUGAGUGACGUCACCUCUGAAGUGCACCUGCAGACUAACAAACACCAUUGUAUCUGGAGACGGUGAGACGCAGGCAGAGUGUGUUUGUUCUCAGCACGGGGACUCGCAGUGAUCAGGCCAAUAGAGACCCCAUUCCUGUGCAUGAUAUAUGAAUAUAUACAACAUGUCGAGUCAGGAGAAUUCAGCAGCGAGAGAUGAGAAAUCCCCUGUAGCAUUCUCAUUAUCGUGCCUGUGUUCACAACGAUGGCUGCUGGCCUUCGUUGGCUGGUUCGGGGGCAUCAUGCUGUACGCCGCCCGUGCCAACAUCAGCGUCGCCAUCGUGUGCAUGGUCAAGGACACCGACAUCAAUUCCACGUCGUCGACAGCGGAGUAUGCCGAGUUUAACUGGUCCAAAGGAGAGCAGUCCGGAAUCCUCAGCGCGUAUUUCUACGGCUGCAUAUUGAUACAGAUUCCCGCGGGAAUACUGGCGAGUAGAUAUGGCGGGAAGAACGUCAUGUUUAUCGGGAUGCUGAUUGGCUCGAUCGCCUCACUGCUUCUACCAAUCGGCGCCCGGACUUCCAUCUACCUGGUGUAUGUGCUGCGCGUGAUUCUUGGAGUGUCCCAGGGAGUAUAUUUUCCAUCUCUACAAUCCAUGUGGGGCCAAUGGGCGCCACAACUAGAGAAGACAAAACUCACUGCUGUCUGUUACUCAGGAACUCAGUUUGGAAGCACAGCAACGUUCGCUUUAUCGGGGUUCAUGUGCAUAUAUGGCUUCGAUAAUGGAUGGGGUUCCAUGUUCUAUGUUACAGGUGGUAUAUCGUUGUUAUGGUGCGGGCUGUGGUAUAUAACGGUCGCCAGCACACCGGCUCAGCACCCUCGUAUCACGGAGAGAGAGAGGAACUAUAUCAUCACCAGUAUAGGGAAACAAGAACAGACGUUCUCGACCCCAUGGGCCGCCCUGCUGAAGUCACCGGCGCUGUGGGCGUGUCUAACUGCACACGUGUGUUCUAACUGGAUAAUAUACACACUACUGACCAUCACACCAACAUUCCUUAAAGAAGUGCUGGAUUUCGACAUAGCCGAGAACGGCUUGCUGUCAUCAAUUCCCUACUUGAGCCAGGCUGUGUCCGGAAUAUUGACAGGUCAAGUGGCCGACUAUAUCCGGUCAAGGAAUUGCCUCAGCACGACGGCCACCCGGAGGAUCUUCCAGUCUAUAGCCUUCGUGGGGGCAGGUGCGUGUCUGAUCGCGACAGGGUUUGUGAGCGUGGAGAACCGCUAUGUCGCUGUAGUUUUGUUGACGAUAGCCAUGUGGUUUGUUGGGAUGGCAUCUGCUGGUUUCUUUGUCAACACUGUCGACUUCGCACCAAGAUACGCUGGUACACUGUUCGGUAUUUCUAACGCUGCUGCGACGGUCCCGGGUAUGGUGUCACCUCUCCUAGCCGGUGCCCUCACCCCAAACAAAACCCAGGAAGAAUGGCGGAACGUGUUCUACGUGUGUGCGGGAUUCUGUGUCCUGGGAACUUUGGUGUUCGGCACCCAGGCCCGUGGGGAGCUGCAGCCCUGGGCCAUGGACCAGGUGGAGGUAGACGUUGGGGAAGGGCAGGAGAUCCCCGACGUGUCAGUCAGGGCUUUGGAUACCAAGGAAACUUUUGACAAGAUGGCAAUUACGGAUAUGUCAACCCAUCUAUAACAGUUUUCAGCCUAACAGAAUACUAUUAUAGGCAUAAAAGUGUAAUAUGUAUUUAGAUAAUUAACAAAUAGUUAAAGUAAUUAAUAAUGCAUAAGACACCUACUGAUUAUAUAAAAAGGUCAAGAGGGGGAGUUGGGGUCGGUAAGACGGGAAUAUAUAUGUAUAAUACGGGCAGCUCUGGUAGUUGAAGACUACGGGAGCAUGCCUGGCCAUAAGCAUCCAGGGGUGAGAGUAGUAGGUCGAGAGCUAUACAUUAAUGAAAAAUGAUUAACCAGAUUGGGAAAUAGAGAAAAAGGUGGAACAGAGAUUAGAGGGACGGAAACGUCAGGGACUGGAGACAUAUAUGGUA